AUGUCUGCUUUCAAAGGUUCGACGACAGCCAAGUUUGUUGGAAGAGGUAAUGAAUACCCCACACAAGCGAACUCGUUUGCUCAAGUAGCUCAACAGCUGUUGAACUCAAAAAAAGUGGAUGAAAUUGACGAGAUGAUGGGGUUUCCAAGGUUUAUACCGUCCCCUGCUCUCUCCGAUUCGAAAGUUGGUUGGUUAAGUAACAUGCAUCCAACGAUAAUAUCGCAAGAAAUGCUAGAAGAGGAAGGAAACUUACACUCUGCUACAGUAUCUGGUAUCUCUGGUGUUGAUUUUUAUUUCAUAGAUGAAGAAGGUGGUUCUUUUAAAACUACAGUGACAUACGAUCCAUACUUCUUCGUAUCCUGCACUGACGAGACCAGGAUUCAUGAUAUUGAGGAGUACUUGAAGAAAACUUUAGAGCAGUGUAUCAAGAAAGUUGAAUUAGUUCUCAAGGAUGAUUUGGCUAUGAAUAAUCAUCUUGUAGGUUUGAAAAAACAUCUUAUAAAAUUGUCAUUUAGUAACAGUAACCAACUGUUUGAAGCCAGGAGAAUAUUAAGACCAAUUCUUAAGAUAAACGAGGAUGAAAAUGGGAAAAAAGAUAUUUAUAACACAGGAUCAGACUACUCGACGCGAGAUGUGAAAACUUUAAUCGAGGAUAUUAGAGAGUAUGAUGUCCCAUACCAUGUACGCGUAUCCAUUGAUAAAAAUAUUCGUGUCGGUAAGUGGUAUGCUGUGUCCGCCCAAGGGCUGGUCGAAUUGGAAGAAAAAGUGACAUUCGCCGAUCCAGUCGUCCUAGCAUUUGAUAUCGAAACUACUAAAGCACCUUUGAAGUUUCCCGACUCUGCUAUUGAUCAAAUCAUGAUGAUCUCUUACAUGAUUGAUGGAGAAGGUUUCCUCAUUACGAACAGAGAGAUUAUUUCAGAAGAUAUAGAAGAUUUUGAAUAUACUCCAAAAGAUGAGUACAAAGGACAAUUUGCCAUAUUUAAUGAGCCUGAUGAAAUGGCCCUACUGCAAAGAUUUUUUGAGCAUAUCAGGGACGUACGACCCACUGUCAUUUCUACUUUUAACGGUGACUUCUUUGAUUGGCCUUUUGUAGAAAAUAGAGCUAAGUUUCAUGGUUUGAACAUGUUUGAUGAAAUUGGUUUCGCUCCAGAUUCGGAAGGAGAAUACAAAUCCAGUUACUGUACUCAUAUGGACUGCUUUAGGUGGGUUAAGCGUGAUUCCUAUCUACCACAGGGUUCCCAGGGUCUAAAGGCAGUCACCCAAGCUAAACUUGGCUACAACCCACUAGAAUUAGAUCCAGAAUUAAUGACACCUUAUGCUUAUGAAAAACCGCAGAUUCUCUCCGAAUAUUCAGUUUCAGAUGCUGUUGCAACGUACUACCUUUAUAUGAAAUAUGUUCACCCAUUCAUUUUUUCGCUAUGUACCAUUAUUCCACUAAAUCCAGAUGAGGUGCUAAGAAAAGGUACUGGUACAUUGUGUGAAAUGCUUUUAAUGGUUCAAGCAUAUCAAAAUAGUGUUUUGCUACCGAACAAGCACACCGAUCCUAUAGAAAGAUUUUAUGAUGGACACUUACUUGAGUCGGAAACUUACGUUGGUGGGCAUGUUGAAUCGUUAGAAGCAGGUGUAUUUCGCAGCGAUUUGAAGAACGAUUUUAAGAUAGAUCCUACGGUAAUUGACAUCCUUCUUGAGGAUCUACCAUAUGCGCUAAAGUUCUGUAUUGAAGUUGAAAACAAUGGGAACAUGGAAGAUGUCACAAACUUCGAAGAAAUCAAGCAACAAAUUACAGCACAGUUAACAGACUUAAAAAUAAACAACAAAAGAAAUGAGCUUCCUCUUAUUUAUCAUGUUGAUGUGGCAUCAAUGUACCCAAAUAUUAUGACCACCAAUAGGUUACAACCAGAUAGUAUGAAAGAUGAAAAGGACUGUGCUAGUUGUGAUUUCAAUAGACCAGGUAAAUCAUGUGAUCGAAGACUUAAAUGGGCUUGGAGAGGUGAAUUUUUCCCUGCUAAAAUGGAUGAAUACGGCAUGGUAAAACGUGCAUUACAGAAUGAAUUAUUUCCCAAUAAAAAUCCUAAAUCUAAGAAACAGUUCUUAACUUUUGAGGAGCUUAGUUACUCUGAUCAAGUCAGUCACAUUAAAAAGAGAUUGACUGAUUACUCUAGGAAAGUGUAUCACAGAGUAAAAGUUACUGAAACCGUUGAAAGAGAGGCAAUCGUAUGUCAAAGGGAAAAUCCUUUCUAUGUCAACACCGUGAGAUCCUUCAGAGAUAGAAGAUAUGAGUUCAAAGGGCUAGCUAAGUUAUGGAAAGGAAAACUAUCUAAAAUCAAACCAGAUGACGUACAUUCGAAGGAUGAGGCUAAAAAAAUGAUUGUCCUGUAUGAUUCUCUUCAAUUAGCGCACAAAGUCAUUCUUAACUCAUUUUACGGCUAUGUGAUGAGAAAGGGUUCGCGAUGGUACUCGAUGGAAAUGGCUGGUAUUACAUGUUUGACAGGUGCAAACAUUAUUCAAAUGGCCAGAUCCGUGGUUGAAAGAAUUGGAAGACCGUUAGAAUUAGACACCGAUGGUAUUUGGUGUAUCCUUCCUAAGAGUUUUCCGGAAAAUUUUGAAAUCAAGCUGCGCAACGGCAAGAAACUAUUUCUUUCGUAUCCUUGUUCGAUGCUUAACUAUAAAGUUCAUCAAAAAUACACUAAUCAUCAAUAUCAAGACCUCGUCGACCCUAUGAAGUUCAAAUACCAAACAAAAAGUGAUAAUUCCAUUUUCUUUGAAGUCGAUGGACCAUAUAAAGCAAUGAUACUGCCAACUUCCAAAGAAGAAGGUAAAGGUAUCAAGAAGAGAUAUGCUGUGUUCAACGAAGAUGGUUCAUUGGCUGAACUAAAAGGUUUCGAACUAAAAAGAAGAGGUGAACUACAAUUAAUCAAAAAUUUCCAGAGUGAUAUUUUCAAGUUAUUCCUGGAAGGAACAACCUUAGAGUCAUGUUACGCUGCAGUAGCAACAGUUGCUAAUAGAUGGCUUGAUGUAUUAGAUUCUAAGGGUGCAAUGCUCGAAACUGAAGAUCUUAUUGAACUGAUUUGUGAGAAUAAAAGUAUGUCAAAAACAUUAAAGGAGUAUCAGGGACAAAAGUCAACUUCCAUUACCACCGCAAGAAGGCUCGGUGAAUUUUUGGGGGAAGCAAUGGUUAAAGACGCAGGCUUACAGUGUAAGUUUAUUAUCAGUUCCAAACCACAUAAUGCACCGGUGACAGAAAGGGCUAUUCCUGUUGCUAUAUUUUCUUCCGAUCUUCAUGUUAAGCGCACAUUUUUAAGGAGAUGGUUAUUGGACUCAAGUCUCAAUGACUUUGAUCCAAGGGCUAUUAUCGAUUGGGACUAUUAUAGAGAAAGAUUGGCUUCUGUUGUUCAAAAAAUUAUCACAAUACCGGCAGCAUUACAAAACAUUAAAAACCCUGUACCCCGUGUUGAACAUCCUGAUUGGUUAAGAAAGAAAAUUGCUGUUAGUGAAGAUAAAUUCAAACAGACUUCCUUGAAUCGUUUCUUCAAAUCUACCAAAGCUCCACCUGAAGUCAAAGAUAUAGAAGACUCUUUUGAUGAACAUUCCGCGAAUAAAUCACGUAUCGCUAAGGUCACGUACAAGAGAAAGAGCAAAAGACGUAAUGGGGAUACAGCACUAGAAGAAGAGUCUUUGCUGCUACCCUCUGAAAUGCCUCCGAUGUUAGAUGAUUAUGUGGGCUGGUUACAAUAUCAAAAAACCAAAUGGAAGAUCCAGCAUAUUGAUCGAAAGAAAAGAGAAAAGCUAUUUGGUAAAACUUCACGAGCAUCUGAUCGGUCUGCUUUGGGCAAUUUGAUAAGAAAGCACGUUGAAUCAUAUGCAGAUAAAAGCUGGGAAAUUUUACAAUGUAAACCGUCCAUCGAUUUAGGUGUCGUAGAAAUUUAUGCUUUAAUCGAUAGGAAAAUCCAAUUGCUGAAAGUAAACAUUCCCAAAACUGUACUCAUGAACUUCAAGACGGAGAAUUUCCCCUCGGGAGGGAUUGAAAACUGUAUCGUCGAAAAGUCCAACGCGGAACUGCCUAACGUGAAAGGCAUCAACAAUGAAAGCAGUAGUCAAUUGUUUAAACUGACAAUGUCAGAAGAUACCUAUUUCAACGAAGUUAAUAAAGCAUCAAGCGUAUUGAACAACGAGAAUGUUUUGGGAAUAUACGAGAGCUCAAUUUCUUCGAAUGAAAGAGUCAUAAUGCGGCUAGGGACGUGUAUUCAAUUCAGCUCUGAAAAAAUGGGUGCGCUAGGAAAAGGUUUACAGAACGGUUUUCAUAUGAAGAAUUUACAUCCUGUUGAAGCAGAUAGAUAUCUCCAAAGGUUUGACCUUGAUAUUGCCUACCUUCUACAUUUUGUAACAGAUAUCGGCUAUGAAUUCUAUUUCUUGUAUAAAGCAUGGGAAGAUGUGGUAGAAAUAUUUGUGCUGAAACCAAGCACUCAUGCUCAAGAAGUUUCUAAUAAAGCUAUAGAAUCUCUUUACAACGAGAUAUACGAGAAAAAGUUCGAAAAGCUCGAUAAAUACUAUGACUUAAUCAAGAUAAACAAGAACGUUUCGUUUAACGUGAAUGAUUAUACUGAACUAAAGCGUUUACUGAAGGACCUUUCAAAGAUGCUGCAAAAUAUUAAGGAAGAAAAAGGAUCUCACACAAUGGUGAUUCUACAAUCUCCAUAUACCCAUAGAGUUGCUAAAUUGUUGCAGCCUUUGAAUGCCUUCCCUGUUGUUGAAAUAGCUACUGCUGAAACACAUUUGCCAGCUUUGAACUGGCAGGGACAAUUAAUGAGGAAAGCGGUCAAUCACAUAUUGUCUCUUGGUUCUUGGAUCUCAAAUUUGAUUACUCUCUCAAAAUACAGCAACAUUCCAAUAUGUAACCUCAAAGUCGAUAAUCUCGGAUACAUUAUCGAUUUGAUGUACGCUCGCCAGUUGAAAAAGAACAACAUCGUUCUAUGGUGGAAUGAUAAAUCGCCGUUGCCUGACCACGGUGGCGUUGAAAGAGAUUUUGACCCACGGAAAGCGGAGCUCAUGACUGAUUUGGUGUUCCCUAUUAUGAAUAACCCUGAUAUCUAUGAUGACGUUAUCUUCGAAAUUAGUGUCUAUAACUCUGUUGUGAACACUGUUUUGAGCAGCACCAUGUUGAACGAGGCUGAAGGUACAGACCUUGCCCAAAAUUCGACAUCUAAGGAAGAAUCCUUCGGUUUUGUUGAAGAUUCUUUCUCUUCUUCGGCCUUGUCAGUGCUUCGCGCACUGUUGAAAGAGCUUUGGGAUGAUGCCUUAGGUGAUAAUAUCACGGCUGACUCAUUAGUACACGCAUUUAUAGGAUGGGUGUAUAACCCUGACGCGAAAUUAUUCGAUUAUGCUUUGAGAUAUCACAUCCAUACUCUCACUCAAAAGGCCGUGUUACAGUUGAUCAAUGAAUUUAAGCUGGCAGGAUCAUCUCUCAUCUUCGCAGACAGAAACAAACUGUUAAUCAAAACUCAGAAGCGUUCCGUUGAGAAUUCUUACGCCUAUGGGCAGUAUCUCAUGAAAGCGAUCAGAUCUAAACCAAUGUUUGCCUAUCUAGACUUGAAAAUUGAUAGAUAUUGGGAUGUCCUGAUUUGGAUGGAUAAGUAUAAUUAUGGUGGUAGAGCAUGUCUACAGAUUGAAGAUAAAGAAGUUCAGAGUUUCCAGGCUUAUUCUCAUUGGCAUAUAAAGGAUUUCUUACCUGCAAUUUAUCAGCAAGAGUUUGAUGAUUGGUUAGUAGUCAUACUGGAUAGUAUGGUUAAGACAAAGGAAGCCUAUCAUGAGCGAAAUGCAUCCACACAAAGAUUAACCCAAUUACCAAAGAAUACACUGGCUGAUAGUGACGUAGAUAGUCAAACUGACUCUCUAGGCGGUUUUACCCAUAAUUUUUCAAAAGCUCUCAUCAAAAGAGCAGAGAAACUUUACAAGAACCAACAGGAAUAUAUUCUUGAUCCUAACUUCGGCAAGGAUUAUCUAUCUCCCACAAUUCCUGGGUCGCAUCUAGUUGUGAAAAAUCCGCUUCUUGAGUUGGUCAAAUACUUAUCACAUAUUUUAUCACUUUCCAGUAAUCAUUUAUUAGAAGGAAGGGCGCUAAGGAAAGAACUCCUAAAGACAUUUGAAAUACGCGAAUUCGACAGAUUAGCUGAAUUCAAGGAUCCAAGUACAUCUUUUGUGAUCCCUAGCUUCAUAUGUGAGCAUUGUUCUUAUAUAUCAGAUAUUGAUAUUUGCAGAGAAAGUAUGGAACGAGUCUUCAUAUGCCAGAGCUGCAACAGAUCCUUGAAUAAAAAUCUCAUUGAAGAGCAUGUGAUCGAACGACUUCAAGCCCAAGUUGCAUCGUUUAUUACCCAAGAUGUUAAGUGCAAUAAAUGUCAUAAGAUCAAAGAGGAUGCAAUGUCACCUUAUUGUCCAUGUUCAGGAAAAUGGGAACUUGCCGUAUCUAAGGAAUCUUUCAUGGCACAGUUACAAAUUUUCAAGAACUUGGCGGAAAGCUUUGACUUUAGAACAUUGAAAGAAACUUUGAAUGAUUUCUUAUAG